AUGUAAAUUUUUGUUAAGACUUUGACUGGAAAAACCAUCUCUCUUGAUGUUGAACCAUCAGACACUAUUGAAGCUGUCAAGACUAAAAUUUAAAACAAGAAAGGAAUCCCACCUGAUUAAUAAAGACUCAUUUUUGCAGGAAAGUAAUUAGAAGAUGGAAUAACACUUUCAGAUUAUAAUAUUUAAAAGGAAUCAACUCUCCAUUUAGUUUUAAGAUUGAGAGGUGAAAUGUAAAUUUUCAUCAAGAAUUUGACUAGAAAGACAGUCUUUAUUGAUGUUUAAUCAACUGAUACAGUCGAUUAACUAAAACAUUAAAUUGAAGAUAUUGAAGGAAUUCCACUUGACUAAAAAAGAUUGAUUUUUCUGGACGUGAACUGGAUGAUCUAAAAACACUUUUGGAUUAUAAUAUAUAACAUGAAUCAACAGUCCUUUUAAUCAAAAAAUUGA